AUGACACAGAGAAUUGGCGAUCACGAAAAUCCUGACCUCCCGAUGGCGGGGGUGAACUCAUCUUUGAUACAGUAUUCCCUCAAUUCAGAGAACUACCUGGAUCAGCUGGUUCCGUUGAUGAAAACGGCACUGAAAUCUGGUACCCUGGAAGAUUUCAUAAACGAACUUGAUGACACGACCAGAAUACGCGAAGAGGAAUUGCAAUCUCUUUCUUUCAAGAGUGCCGAUGACAUUCUCGCUUCGGUGGAAAGUAUAAGCAAAGUCCAGGAUCGCUCGGCUGAUAUACAGCAGCAUUUGCAAAGCGUGAGCCAGCGCCUCAGCAGCACAGGUCUAGAGCUAUCGGAGAAAAAAAAGAUACUGGUGAGUUACAAAAAAUUACACAGCAAGAUAAACGAAACCACAUACAUUCUCAACUCGUGUCUGGAAGUACUGGAUCGCACAAACAAAAUCGUUGAUCUGAUCAAGCAGGAGAACUACUACAAUGCCCUCAAGAAACUAGAAGAUUUGUCGAAUGUGCAUUUGCCAGAGAUCGAGAAUUUUGAGUUCACCAAGAGGAUCUUCAAUUCGAUUCCAUCGUUACGCAAUUUGAUCCAGGAGAGCUCGUUCUCCUCGUUGAGUAACUGGCUCAAGAAUGAUAUUGAGAAGAAUUGGCCUCACAUCGGUCGCGCUCUUUUCGAGAACAUGAUUGAGCUUAAUGACGACUGGAAGAGGCAGAAGGCAGAUGACCCAUCGUUGAAGACAUACCGCAUAAACUCAUCCAUAGAGAGAUGCCUGAGAUCUGAGGUUUUCAAGUCGUUUGACCCGCUGCGGAAUCGCUCGGUGAAGAUUGAUUUGACUCCAGUAUACAAUGCGAUAAUUGUUUUCCAGACUUUGGAGGAAUCUGAGAAAUUGCGUGACGAUUACAAUAAAGAGUGGAAUUUGAAAAGGGAAAGGUUGCUAAGCCAGAUUCCGAUGGACGACAUCAACGCGAACGGUUAUGGUAAGCAAUCUGUGCAGUCUGCGUUCAAAAACAGCAAGGCUUUGACUAUCUUCUUGCAGCAACUGGCAGGAUUUCUCAUAAUGGACAAAGUGGUGAACUCUUCCACCGAAUACCAACUGAGAACCAGACAGAGCACUUUGGACAUGUAUGACUCGUUAGUGACCAAGCUGGUGCCAAUAUUACUGAACCAUGUGAGGAGUCUCACCACCGAAGAAACCCUGAUAGAUGCCAAAGAGAGCUUGGGUAUUUUCAUCCAGAUUUUGGAGGAUUAUGAUUACGAAGUUUCUUCGCUGUACAAGGUGCUUGUGACAGUUUUCCGCAGUUUUGUUUCGAUUAAAACCAAGGAGUUUGAGAGAGAGUAUGGUCGUCUCACUAACGAGGACAAUCUCAUGCCUGUCCAUGUGGAUAGUGAGAGGUUCUACAGGAACGUUGUUGCAGUUUGCUACUAUCCGUUCAAAUACAAUGAGGUACCAAAAACUUUGCCCUUUUCUACAAUAUACCCAACAACAUGUGUGGAGCUGAGGAAGUUGAUCAAGAACAUAUACGUGUUUCUGGACAAGUAUUACUCCGACAUAAACAGCGAGGUGUUGGUCAUUAUAGAGUCAGCAUUGGACGAUACUCUUGUUAAUGUCAUUUUGAAGGAUCUGAAGACUAAAGUCAACUCCACCAUCAGGGAAGAGUUAUCGCAGAGCUUGAUCAACAUGGAAUUUUUCAUGAACUCCGUUCACGAGAUUGAGGCACAGUUGAACUAUUCCGACGAGUCUUUCUUGGCCAACGUAAGGACGUCUUCUGCUUCAACCACAGGUGCUCUUAUCAAAUUAAAGUCACAUAAGGCGUUCCAGGAGAUCAGAAAGGAGACCGAGGAUAACUUGUUUGCACUUGUGGAUACCAAGGUCAACGAUCUGAUGGAUUUCGCCGAAUGGGACUGGGACACCAAACAGUUGAACACAAAUCCAACUGAUUUCGUUCAGGAUAUUGGCCAGUUCUUGCAGAUGAUGUUUGCAUCGACUUUUUCCAACUUACCUCACAACAUAAAGUCACUACUUUUGAUAAGAACAUUCGAUUUGUUGGCGGAUCAUUUCAUGACAUUUCUCAAAGAAAGUCCGUUCUAUACCGCUGAAGCAAUUGCCAACUUUGAUCGUGACGUGACUUACAUCGAGUCCAUCAUAAACUCCCUGAACGAUGCCGAGGAGCCAGAAAUUGCCCAGAACGAAGAGGCAACCUCUUCUGUGUCGCUGCAAUCCAUGUUCAUGGGUCUUCGUCAAUUGAUCAACCUAUUGAGAGAGGGAGAUCUAGAUGGUUUCAAAGAAGAUUCUAUAAGAAUGAGGAAGUUCAACACUAUCAAGCCAGAUGAAGCCAUCUUAUUCAUGAAAAAGCUGGAUACUUUUCAGGAAACGCACCUCAACUCGCUACCUUCUUCUCCUCAACCGGACUCUGGAUCUGGCACCAACCACGUUAAGGGUCAUGGAAACGGACACGGCUCGAUAUCAACGCUGCAGUCUGUUACAGGCUCCGGCAGGUUCAAGUUGAAUUACAGAGCAUUUUCAAAGAAUAAAGAGAUUCAGUCUUGA